GUGUCGAACUUCUUGUUCUUUGACAUACACCUCGGGCCCGAACAUCUGCAUGUCGAUUUGGUGAGCUCUCAGCACUUCACUGCGGAUUAGAAUGGACCUCCCAAAGCACUUAACAAUAUCCACUUGAUGUACUUCAUUUGUAUCUCACUCCCACGGACCACAUUCCAUCUUUUUCAAACAUGAUGCUGGAUGUUUGUCUAUGUGAAACACUCUCUUGAUUGGCCAGUGUCACGAGGUUGUUACUUCCUUGCAAAACCAUUUGAUAAUCAUUCGAUCAGGUGUAUGGUUUCCCUCGAGUGGAAUCCUCCCCGAUUGCCAGAUUGGGCCGUUUUUCAUUUAUCUUUCAUUUAUUUCUCGCGCGCAUAGGUACGUUCUUCUUUGGAUGGAUGGGUGAUGGAAUGAAUGGAUCGAUGGAUGGAAAUGGUUGUGGGGUAUAAGCAUGGAGAUGCUUAAAUAUUGAUCCAUUCCCAUUUCUGUACGGGAGGAGAGAUGAGAUUUUUGUGUUUUGUUUUCACUUCCUGCUUUCUUUGAAUAGAUUGACCUUAUUCAUCUUUACUUUCCUUAACAUCAUGAUGAAUCGCUUUGCGUUGUUGGCCCUGGUUGGCUCCACUUUCGCUUCUCCUAUUCGAUCUGUCAAGUCUCGUGCUACUGCUGAUGCCAAGUAUCUCUUUUCCUUCGGAGAUUCCUAUUCCCAAACCGGCUUCGACGUCACCAGCACGCCACCCUCCGCUGCAAAUCCGUUCGGGAACCCCGCAUUCCCAGGCUACACUACCGACAAUGGCAUCAAUUGGAUUGGCCAUCUCGUCGAAACCUACAACUCCUCGCUUCUUCUAUCGUACAAUUUCGCAUAUGGAGGUGCCGUUGUCGAUGCCAGUAUUGUUGCACCUUAUGAAGACACAGUGUUGACUCUGGUCGAUCAGACGGCGGAAUUCGUGGAUAAUCUCUCGCCCGCCCCGACGGAUGUUCCUUGGACCGCGGAUAAUUCACUCUUCGCGUUUUGGCUUGGGGUGAAUGAUAUUGGGAAUUCUUAUUGGUUGGCCAAUGAGACGGAUGUUAUCACUGCUAUCUUUGAUAGUUAUUUUACUCAGGUGCAGCGUGUGUAUGAUGCUGGAGGAAGAAACUUUUUGUUUUUGAAUUGUCCUCCCAUCGACAAAUCCCCCAUGAUGCUCGCCUACGGCGACUCGGUCACCUCCUCCGAAGCCAGCGUCAUCAGCGCCUACAACACCGAACUCAGCGCCCGCGUAUCCGCUUUCGAAACCGCAAACUCCGGAAUAACUACCUAUGUUUUCGACACGCAAGUUCCCUUCAACACCGCUCUCAGCGCUCCAGCUACAUACGGCGCGACUAAUGCAACUUGUUUCGACGCGGAUGGAACAACUUGUCUUUGGUUUAAUGAUCUUCAUCCCGGUCAGGCGAUCCAGAAAUUGGUUGCGGAGGGUGUGGCGGGACAGGUAUCGGGGGAUUUUUUCCAGGGGGGUGAUGGUGCUAGUGCGAGUGCUAGUUCUUCGGGCUCCUCUGCAACGGUCGUAGCAUCUUCAUCUGGUGUUCCAGUCUCGUCGGCCGUUCAAUCUUCAAGCCCAGUAGCAGUCACCUCCGCAUCUGUGGCUUCGACAGCAGUUUCAUCACUUGCGAUCUCGUCUGCGGCGGCGGUUGUAACGCCUGUUUCUUCGAUCUCGAGUCUGGCAAGUAUGUCUGUUGUUACUAGUGCUGCUGCUACUGCCUCGAGCACUCAGGCCGCUUCGACUGGGGAUGAUGAGUGUGAGGUCUAGAAUUGGGAUGUUUUCCUUGCUGGUUGAAUGGGAUAUUGGUUUUUGGACCGCUUCAGAAUAUGCAGUUUGCGUAUGUGUAUAUAUAUAUAUAUGUCUUUCCGAGAUCUAGAUAUUCGAGAAAGGGGGGGAGAGCGCUGAAGAUUUCUGAAAAUUCGUGUAUUAUAGGUUUUAGUGGAGAUGUAUGUAUUCGUGUGGGGAUAUUUAUGUAUAUAUCGUCAAAUCAAAAAUUCCGAGAUCUGUUCGCACUUUGACAUCUUUUCGCUUCUGGGAUACUCGGGUGAAAUAUUAUUAUGGAUAUCACAUCACAGCAUCGAAUUCCAACAUUGAUGUUCCAUCAAUUUCGGGACAUGAAAAGUUGUCAUCUUCUGAGAAUUUUGAGAUGAUCUA